AUGGUAGCCGUAAAACUCGUUAAAAAGAAGUCUAUAAAAGAAACACCUAAAGGCAAAGUGAUCAAAUUGAAGAAAUCCAUUUUAAAAGAAGCAAAACCAGUAGAUAACUUCAUAGAAAGCGAAAUAUCAACUAAAAAUGUCUCGAUUAAGAAGGUUAAAUACGUUUAUCCCUCUAAAAACGUUAAUGAAAACAUUGUAGACUUAACCUUAGAUGCUCUGAAUAAGUUAACUGAUAGUUAUAAUACAAAGAAUAUGAUUUUUGGCGAUGAAACUCCGAUAUUUGUGCAAAUCACGAGCAUUAAAAUUCAAGACACCAAAGCAAACAUUAAGUUGGUUCUACCUCAUAGUACAUGUGCAUCAACUGGCGAAAUUUGUUUGAUAACACCAGACAUAAAGAAAGGUAAAAAACCUGAUCACGAACCUACUAUUGAGCGCUGGGAAGAACUUUUAAGUAAAGCUGGGGUUACUUCUGUGAAGACCAUAUUACCAAUGAGACAAUUGAGAGUAGAGUAUGAUCAGUAUGAAUUGAAAAGACGACUUAUGACUCAGCAUGAUUUUAUAAUGGUAGAUAAAAGAGUACUGACCCAUGUCUCCACUUUAUUGGGUACCAAGUUUUUCAAAAAGCAUAAUAUGCUAGUCCCUGUUAAAAUCAAUGAGCAGAAGGAUUUGAAAAAAGCCAUUGAUGUUGGUUUACGUUCCGUCAUGUUGCGUUUGAGUGAAGGUGCAACAUCAACAGUGGUCGUUGGACACACUGGAAUGCCAAAGACUCAUCUAUCAGAAAACAUACUUGCUCUCAUUAAACAACUUGCACUUAAAUAUCCUGGUGGAGAAUACAAUAUUAGAUCACUUUCGAUUAAAUUGCCAUUAUCAAUAUCUCUACCUUUAUACUUAACUCUAAGAUCAUCAAAUUUCAUAGCUCAGCCUAAAAUAAAGAAACCUGUACCUAAGGCAUAUACAGAAUAUGAAGAUGAGCUCUCAACUAUACCAGGAGCUAUGGUUAAAGUAGCUCCAGAUGGAUCAGUUACUGUAACUAAAAAAGAAAUGCAAUCUGAUGACGAGGAUAUGCAACAGUCUGAUGAAGAAGACAGCAACAAGGACGAAGACAUGGUGCAGUCAAGUGAAAAUGAAGACGAAUAA